AAUCUUGUUUGGUCUGGGUCUAUGAACUUCAGCGUGACUUUAACGAUAUACACAGGGUUAAAAACAACUAUUUCAAAAGCCCCAUUAAGUUGCUUUAUUUUACACAAAUAUAUCUUUUUGGAACGAUUUUUAAAAAACAGUAAAUGUUAUUAUGCGGCCCGGAUAUUUUCGUUUAUUAUAAAUAGGCUAUAUAUGUGACAAAUAUAUAGUAGGCUACUGGCUACCCCUUUGCUUAUCUUGGCAGUAGAUUGUAAAUUUAGAGUCUAAAGAGUUUUUCAUUCUUCAAAAGAUUAGGCUUUAAUUAUAUUGCGCAAUUCGCAAAGCGCAUGAAAAGUAUCAUUUAAAAGAAAUGAAGGAAAAUAUGUUUAAUAGAUUCAAUUAAAAAGACAGACAGUGGGCUGAACUUUGAAGGCAACAAUGUUUACGCUGCUCAGGUCUGCCGAACAUGUCUGGCAUUAGCAGAACGAGACCGAUUAGAUGUAGUGGGCAGGAGCGCGGGGAGAUCCGUCAUGCGAGUGUAGCUGCGAGGCUGGCGGAGAGCGUGGCUACUGAGAGCUGGAAACUAGUGAAUGGCAAUCUGUCGGGGAACUUCAACGGACCGCUGUCACAAAGCGACACGGGAGCCCUGCGUAAAACAAAGUGGCGCGUCUUCAAGUCUGGGAUUGACCAACUCCGAAAAGAGGACACACAAGUUGGGUCGGACGAGCUGCUAAUCACUUGUUACCGGCGCUUGGCUUCCAGUAACAUGCCGGCCAUCAAAAAGGAGAGACUGGAUGGGGACGAUAUGGCAUUGGCUGCCUUCAAUCAGUCCGAAUACCUGGCCCCUUUAAAUGCCACCGCUAUCCCCGUUGUGACCCCUCAUCCACCGCCGUACGACCAUAUUUUCGCCCAUCAUCGUGCGUACUUGGGGCUCCACGACUCGGCGCUGCAUCACCAGCACCUACACCAUCACCCGGACGACUUAAUGUUGGAGAGGUUCUCUUCCAUCCCCGACUUUCAACCGUUUUUUGACAACGGGGAACCAUGCAUCGAAGUGGAGUGUGGAGAGAACAAGGCUUUGCUUUACAUUAACAAACUGUGCCAAGGUAGUAAGGGACCCUCAAUCAAAUACCGGGGCGAGUGGCUCACCCCCAAUGAGUUCCAGUUUGUCAGUGGAAGGGAGACUGCCAAAGAUUGGAAGCGAAGUAUUAGACACAAAGGAAAAAGUUUGAAGACUCUUAUGUCCAAAGGAAUCUUACAGGUACAUCCUCCCAUCUGUGAUUGCCCUGGGUGUCGAAUAUCGUCUCCAGUGAACCGCGGGCGUCUGGCUGAGAAGCGCACCAUCCCCCUGCCGCCCAACCGAGUGCCCAAGAAGGAGCUGGCCUCCAUUUUCAGCAGUGACGACAGUGAAGGGAGCGACAGGGCCAGUGGCGACCAUGCCCACAUCAAGCAGGAAGAUGAGCUGCACUACAGUAUCAUGAGAAAGAGUCGGGACGGUGACCUCUCUACGAUCAUCUCCAACCUGCAUCACACCAGACAGCACGGCAUGCCAGAGGGCCUGCCUGCCACCGACCUCAGCACCAGCACUGGACACACAGGUAGGAGACCAUCCUUGCUCUCUGUGUGUGUGUGUGUGUGUGUGCGUGUGCGUGUGAGUCUGUGUGUGUGUGUGUGUGUGUGUGGGGCAUGUCAGGUCAGGAUGGAUCAGGCAGGAAAUGUGUGUAUGAACUGAGUGUGUGUCUUUUUUCCCCCCCCUGUGAUUAGAGCAUCUCCCCCUUUAAAUCAGAUAGUUGAUUAAGGUAUCAAACAUUAUCCCUGCAGUAAUUUGUUUGAUUGGGGCAACUUAAUGUAAUCUUAUUACUAACUGUUCACUGUCCUGCUCUCAAGUCGAUUAGAUUCUUCUGUUUCUUGUCACACUGGGGUUUUUUCUUUCUUAAAUCCCUGUUUUGAAUGACCACUGAAUAAAUAGCUUUGUUUGCCAUUAAUCCAGUUUCAUGUGAGACCAGGACCCAUGGUGUGUGAUAAGCUCAAGCUUUUCCAAAAGCUUACAGCCUCAUUCAAACCACCCAAAACUUGCCAAAUUACUUCGUUUACUUGCAGGAUACUUAAUGGGAUAUCCAUGAACAGUGUCUGGUUAACACAGUGUCAUUCAAUGAGACGUUUUAUCAAAGUGUUAUUGGUCGAUUUGACGAGUGUGUCUGUGAAGUGUGAGACAAUAGCACAUGCAGUGGGUCAGACAAGGUGUGUUGUGUCAACACCCAGGGAUUAGGGUCUGGGGUCCCCUACUGGUCUGGUUGGCAGGACUGUCUAGAAAGUUACAGUAGAGCUGGUUUCAUCUCAGACAUCACUUAUUUAAUGUACCUCAGACAGCAUGACCGGAGGAACUCAUUCGCUCGCAGCAAGUGGAACCAGGUAUAGACAACUUCUGUCAUGUUUCCGGACGUUUGACAGGACUGAGUUGGGUGCUAUAGCAGGUUGAACAUAUAGGCGCCUCUCACACACAGAGAAGUAUUAGAGGGGGUCUCGCCUUGAACUAGCCUGAACCCUGAAGCACCCAGGGGGGUCUCGUGGCCCCUCUUAUCCCAUUAUCCAGAGUGGCACACUGCACAAGUGGCAUAAUCACCCCCUAAGUCCUCACCCUGGUAUCUCCGGGAUCUCCUGUGUCUGGGGGGCUCCUCCUCGUCCAUACGGUGGUCCAGCACCGACCCGGCGGAGGGCUGCUCGGUUGGACGUGACGGCCGAGGUGUCUCUCCAGGGUGAUUAGGCUGGAGUGUUAACAGCUCCAGUCAGCCAGAGUCUUAGACCCCUGUGUUUGGGCUGGAUUUUCCCCCCCAAAAAGAACUGUCUAAUCAGCCAGCUAAGCUCAGCUGAGAAAACACCCCCCAAAUGAACAGUAAUCUUAAUAGAGGAAGACACAAAGGGAUGAGGAGAAGUUUGGGGGGGGGGGAUGGAGGAGUAUGGGGUGGCCAGUGCCGGAAGGGAGCCAGGCCCAAAAUCCGUCAGUUUGAGGCUUUAAAGGGAGAUUUGACUGCGUGGCUAAGCGGCUCGCUCCGUGUCUGUAAACAAGUCCAAUCCGAUCAUCCACUGGCUCUAAUUCUGUCUGCCAGUGAAAUUCGAGACAUACGCUUGGAGACAUCCCCUCACACAUUUCUGAAGGGGUGAAGGGAGGUGAGGGAGGUUAGGGCGAGUAUACAACCAUAGGGCCAUCUUAACACAUCUGAAGGCUGACCUGUGAGGUCGUAGAAAAGCCUGGACACUCCAGUGGGUUGGGUAUCUUGGAGUCCCUUUCACGAAACCCCUUGCUAGAGGUUGAGCUCUAACUAUGUCCUUCAGGCAGUUGUACAGUCACUCAUGCUGGGAAAGGGCUAGAAGUUGGAUUUGGGGAACUAUGCAACUUUACUGUCAUAGCCAAAGCAUUUAGUAUUUUAACAUGACAAUUCAGAGUAUGUGACUGUGUUAGGUUUAGGUUAGGGUCAGGAUAAGACAGUACUGAACACGAGCAUUCAGCUUCUCUCCCCCUUCUGUUUGUUCAGUAGUGUUAACCUCUCCAUUUAAAUCUCUCCACUCUACAUAUUUAACUUCUACAGCUGGCAUGUGGCUGGAAAACUGAAGAGAGAGAGAGAAACUGAGGGAUUCUGUGCGAGAAAACUUUAGAAAAACAGAGAGAGAGAGAGAGAGAGAGAGAGAGAGAGAGAGAGGGAGAUGAAUGAGUGUGGUGCCGGUAUCAGGGGAGGGCAGACGGCGACUGUGGCGGCGGCCAGCUUUGUGUGUGUGUGUGUGUGUGUGUGUGUGUGUGUGUGUUGGAAGAACGGGAAGCAGGCUGCUGCGCCGUCUCCGUGCCGGAGUGGGCCGUUAAUUAAAUCUGAGAGAUAGACAGGAGGGCUGCCUCCCACCCUCCCUCUCCGCCCUCCUCCCUGCUCUCCUCUCCCUCCCUCCUUCCCU